UUUUUUUUCUAAUACCGUCUUCUUCCUCCAUGAUUCGUUAUUUCCACAUAUGCUUUCUCUUUUGAUUCUUAGUACACUUGUCAAAUGUCUUUUAUUCCCUGCCUAUCGAUCAACUGAUUUUGAAGUACACAGGAACUGGUUAGCCAUUACAUAUAGUCUUCCUAUUUCCCAAUGGUAUCUUGAGGCUACUUCAGAAUGGACUUUGGAUUAUCCACCUUUUUUUGCUUGGUUCGAGAAAAUAUUAAGCUUGGUUGCAUAUCAAGUGGAUCCACUUAUGGUACACAUUAGUCAAUAUGGAUAUAAUAGCGAUGCUACCGUCAUCUAUCAACGUCUGACCGUCAUUGUUAGUGAAUUGGUCUUGUAUUGGGCCCUUUUGCGAUAUAUUAACACGUCAACACCAGUAGUAUCGAAAACAACAAAAGUAUCGUCUCUUGUCGUGAUAGCAGCAUCUAUUUUUCUUCAUCCUGGAUUAUGGAUUGUUGAUCAUUUGCAUUUUCAAUAUAAUGGGUUACUUUAUGGCAUUCUAUUACAUUCCAUUGUUGAAGCGAAAAAGAAUCGUCUUUUAUCAUCCGGUAUUCUAUUUGCCAUUUUACUCAAUUUCAAACAUAUUUAUCUCUAUUUAUCACCGGCCUAUUUUGUCUAUCUAUUACAAGCCUAUUGUUAUACAAACAACAGAUCCUUUUCAGUGACAAGAUUCUUUCGAUUAGGUGGAUCUGUUCUUGCUGUGUUUGGUUUAUCACUGUUUCCAUUUAUCAAGACAGGUCAGUUGAAUGCUAUGAUCACUCGUCUUUUUCCUUUUACACGUGGAUUAUGUCAUGCUUAUUGGGCACCGAAUGUAUGGGCAUUGUAUGCUGGAUUGGAUCGAUGUUUGAUCUUGGUGGCCAAGAAAUGUCAUUGGUCCUUUGAUGAAAGUGCAGUGACAUCAAUGACUAGAGGAUAUGUUGGGGAUACAGUGUUUGCAAUCUUACCACCUGUGAAAACGAUUCAUACCAUGAUAUUGACAGUACUAGUUCAAUUGAUGGUACUUCAAGUUCUUUGGCGAAAACCAACCUAUGAUCAUUUCAUCUCUUCAUUGACCUUGUGUGGAUUUGCUUCGUAUCUUUUUGGUUGGCAUGUGCAUGAAAAGGCCAUUAUGUUGAUCUUGAUUCCUUAUUCGUUGAUGGCGUUGAAAAGUACAUUUCAUUUACGACAAUUUGUCAUCCUUAGUAGUGCUGGUAUUAUGUCUCUAUAUCCAUUAUUAUUCCAUAUCCAAGAAACCCCACUAAAGUUAUUGAUUACAGUGAUUUGGUAUUUAUCUGUCCUUCCAGGGUUAUGCUAUUGUCUUGAUAUGCGACUAAAGCAGUUAUUGACAAAACUGGAGGGGAUUUAUGUGAUGGGUUUGAUUUUGGUACAGUGCUAUACAGGAUUAGGUCAUUCUCUUUUGUUUGGUACAAGUUAUGAAUUUUUACCAUUGAUGAUGACGAGUGUAUAUUGUGCUAUUGGUAUAGUUUAUAGUUGGAUAGUAUUGAUGUAUGAUCAUCUAGUAUCUUAAUAAAAAAACAAAAAUAUCCAUCUAUUUUUUUUUUUUUUUUUGAUCAUGGGUAAGGGUCCCUUGUUC